AUGUCUCUGUACCACGAGGCAUCCGCCGUUCUCUCCCAGCCGGCGUCGGAGGGCGGUGGCAGCCUCAAAUCAAGAAUAUAUGGGAAGAAGGAUCUGAAAUCUCCACCAGCCCAGUUAUACGCUCUCGCGCUCGAGACAUGUAAAUGGAGUGGCCUGCUCAAGGAGGUCAUCGAGGCAUCCGGCAUCCUACAACUCGAACGAAAACUCACCCCCGUACUAUCUCUCCUCCUUGUUCAUGAUUUCUUGCUUUCCAAGGGUGGCAUCGCGCUCCCCCAGUCCCACGGCCUGCGGGCGUCCAUCGAGCGCCACAAGGCCAGGUUAAACUCUGAAUUCACCCGCGCGCGCCUGCGCAGGAAGUUGGCCUCAGUCGAAGCCCUCCGCGCCCAAGUCGAGGCGGAGUCGCGGACCGGGCCCGUCCACCCCCGCUGGAUCCGGAUCAACACCCUCAAGACGACGCUCCGCGACCAGCUGGAGACGACCUUUGCGGGCUUCGAGGCCGUCUCCUCGGUGCGCGACAUCCUCGCCGGCGCCGAGAGGGCCAUCUGCCUCGACCCUAACGUCCCGGACCUGGUCGCCCUGUCCCCCGGGACAGACUUCACCAAGACCGACGCCUACAGGUCCGGCGCCAUCAUCCUGCAGGACAAGGCGUCCUGCUUCCCGGCCCUCCUGCUCGACCCGGCCUCCCUGGACGGCGGCGACGUCGUCGACUCGUGCGCCGCGCCUGGGAACAAGACGACACACCUGGCCGCCCUGGUGAGCGGUAGCAGCAGCAGCAGCAGCAGCUCCGGUGGCGACGGCGCCGCGGGGAACCCGCCGCGGCCGCGGAAGAUAUUCGCGUUCGAGAAGGACAAAGCCCGGGCGGCGACGCUGGAGAGGAUGGUGCAGCUCGCCGGGGCCGACCACCUCGUCCGCGUCGGCGGGGGGCAGGACUUCCUCAAGGUGGACCCCAAAUCGGACGCGUACAGGGGCGUCCGCGCCCUGCUCCUCGACCCCAGCUGCUCGGGCAGCGGCAUCGUGGGGCGCGACGAGAUGCCCGAGCUCCACCUGCCCGAUCUCGCCGGCGCAGCAGCAGCAGCAGCAACGGACAACCGGAAGCGCAAGCGGACCGACGACUCAACCGCCAAGCCGGAAGCGGGCGUCCUGGUGGACGACGACGGCGAGCCCGUGGCGGUGUCCUCGGGCCCGGAGCUCCGGGCGCGCAUCGACGCGCUCGCGGCGUUCCAGCUCGGGCUCGUGCUGCACGCGCUCUCGUUCCCGGCGGCCGAGCGGGUGGUGUACUCGACGUGCUCGGUGCACGCGCGCGAGAACGAGGAGGUGGUUCUGGCGGCGCUGCGGUCCGACGUCGCGAGGCGGCGCGGGUGGAGGGUCCGCCGCCGCGCCGAGCAGGUCCCCGGGAUGCGCGAUUGGCCCGUCAGGGGGGACGUCGGGGCCUGUGGCGGGGACGAGGCCGUUGCUGGGGCGUGCAUACGGACGUAUAAGGAUGAUGGGCGCGGGGUCAUGGGGUUCUUUGUGGUUGCGUUUGUCCGCGAUGUGUGA